AUGCUCCAAGACGGGUAUGCGCCACUGUCCACGGUGCUUGGUCUUCGGGAAUUCUCUCGCUUCAAGCACACUGCCGAAGAGGUGCAGGAGCUGGUGGAGAGGGAUCAAAAGAGACGGUUCGAGCUCACGACAAGGGCUGGCGAGAUGUGGAUUCGUGCAACCCAAGGCCACACCAUGCGCUCGGUGAAGGAUGACGCACUUCUGCAGCCAAUGGGACUUGAAGAAGCCCAGGAGGUUGAGAGCUGCGUCCAUGGGACCUACAUGAUGCUUUGGCAGGAGAUACUGAGCAGCGGUGGUCUUUCCAGGAUGGCUAGGAACCAUAUCCACUUCACCACCUGUACUUCGACCAACACUGUGGUCAGCGGCAUGCGAAGCGACUGCGAAGUCGUCAUCUACAUCUCCUUAACCCGCGCAAUGGCCGAUGGUCUCCAGUUCUUUCGGAGCACCAACGGUGUCGUGUUGACGCCGGGCGACGAACUGGGGAAGGUCUCAAGCAAGUAUUUCGACAAGGUUGUGGCCCUGGCGGAUGGUGCCGUUCUUUGGCCAGAGCCCUCAAGCCAAGCUGCGUCUCUGCUUGACCAUGUCAGUGCUAAGACUGAUGGUCCCGAUGCCGAAGCAUGCCAGGAUGCGGACACCGAGGAUGAGGAAGCAGUCGCUGAAAGGGCGCCAGCGACCUCAUCGAACCUGUCCAUUGAAGUGCCCGGUAUUUGUCCAAUGCUUAAUGGAGACGAAGUCCUGGCCGGCAGCAACGUGAAGCAGAUCAUCAACUCCAUCAGCCUCCUCCUAGCUGCGGAGUCCUCCACACUGCUGAGCUCCUGCCUGGAGCUCUUGCAAACACUGGUCGAGAGCAUCGACUCCGGGGCGCUGCUGGGUGCAGGCAGCAGCUUAGAACGCCUCAUUCCUCGGCUCUGCAGUUUGGAGAAAGGCAGAGACAUCCUCUACGGCUUGAUCCAGCUCUUGCAGUGGUGGCCUCGCUACACUCAGCUGAUCUCCCUGGACUUCAAAAGCGAGUGGCUGUCGGAGCUGCUCCAGGAGAACAGCGAGGAUGCCCCAGCUCCUGUGCGGUUGGAGGUACAGCGUGAGCAGCUGCUUGCGAGCCUUUGCGCAGGAUUGGCCCAGUGCUCCAAUUCUCUGUCUUGGGGCAUCGAUGUGAGUUUUACUGACGAGUCUGACGACGAGGGAGAAGAGGACAGCAACCAUCGCCAAGAGUUUUUCCGUCUAGCUGCCGAUGAGUUCAUGAAGCUUGGGCUGUUUGUCAGCAAGGACGGACGGAAUUCGUCCUUCCACAUCAACCCGGAAGCCAGCAGCGAGGAGCAACUGCGCCAGUUCGAGCUUUGUGGCAAAGUGAUCGGCCUCGCGCUGCUCCACCAAGAAACAGUCCCGUCGAUGCGCCUCAGCCCGGCGCUGCGCAAGCUCUUGCUGAGCAACGCGAAGCUGGGCAUGCAGGACUUGGCAGCCGUAGAUCCCAAUUUCUACCAGAGCCACGUCCUCCGCAUCCUGGAGGGGCAGUACACUCAGGAGGAGCCACCAAAGCAGCUUUCUGAUUUGGGUCUGACCUUCGAAGACGAGAUCGGUGGCGUGAAGACUGCACUCUGCUGGGGCGGCGCCGAGAGGGUGGUGUCAGAGGAGAACAAGUGCCAGUACAUAGAGAAGCUGUGCCAUCAUCGGCUGUUGGAUUGCGUCCGGCCUCAGGUGGAUGCUUUGCUCCGCGGUGUUCAUCAGCUGAUCUCUCCAGAAGUGCAGAGUCAACUGCAACGUACCGUCUCAGCUGCAGAGCUUGGGAUGAUCCUUUGCGGAGCCACCAAGCUCAACUUGCAGGAAUGGUUCAUGUCGACAGAAGGAAGGGAUCGGAUUAAGGAGAUCGCCAGAAGCACCAGCCUUCCCGAACUUGUGGCACAAGAGGGCGCGUGCAGGAUGAAGUUGCUGACUAAAGUGGAGUCCAUGUCCAAGAUGCAGCAGAAGUUUAACAUGGAACAGCGGAGCCAUGUCAGCCGGGUGAAGAAGCACGAAGGUAGCCGCAAGGCUGGCCCAAUGCCCUCCGCCACCCUGACCUUUGCACCACAAAGCAGCUACACCCAGCAUUCGGAACUGGGGCAAUGCUUCGAGGAAGUUCAGCAAUUGGAGACGGCACUCGUGGCGCUUCAGAAACGUAAGCAUGCUCUGCAAAGCCAAGAGUGGCAGACGACAGCAGUGAAGCCGAUCCAGGCUUCCGGCUGUGCACGUUCCCAGUCCAUCACGAACAUGCAGGCAUGGUUUAAGGCGUACGGCGAGCCCUCAGGAGCUUUUCUAGCUGGAAAUGCUCUUGUGAAGCAAGGAACCAUGAGGCACUUGAGACGUCGACUUACGUAUGCACUCUGGAAGCUUCGCUGCCUGUGGAACUACAACCAAACUAGCCUCGAGGAGGCAAGCACGAAGAUGGACGAGCUUUCGCCGGAAGCCUGGCAAAUGUUCUGGGAAGCUCUUGAGGCAAUGACGCCCGAGCAGCAGAAUGGCAUGCUCGAGUUUGCAACUGGCAGCUUUCAUCUUCCAGAAGGUGGCUUGGCAGCCCUGCAGUUCUCCGUGGCACCGACAAGAAGCAUGGAGCCAACUGCAGUCCCAUGCUUCUCCACGUUGUACCUCCCGAGCUACAACUCCGUCCAAGAGAUGAGGCCUUGGUGGAGGAUUCAAGGGUUAGCUCUCGCUUUCAGCCUGCUCGAACUUGCUUACGUGGCCUCGUGGCCCACAGGCAUCACGGUGAACAUGCUCACGCCUGGCGUGCCCAUCAUGGAUCAUCUGACCAGUGCCCUGCGAGAGCAUUUGAAGCAGCUGCAGGCCGAUGGGCAAUUGCCCCAAGAUCUGCGGAUUGCGGUGAGUGGUCCGGAAGAAGCCGGGGAAGGAGAGCACAAGAUCUCGUGCCAAAUGCUGAGGAACGAAUCCGCAGCGCAAGCACCUGGAGGCGAUGAGUGCCACAUCAUUGUCGGCACUGACUCGGAUCUGCUCUUGGUUCCAGUUGGUUUACAUCGUGGCCCAAAGCGAGUGGCCGUGACGCGACGUGAGGACGGGCUGACACAGCGCAAGUCUGCUUUGCGAGUUUUCAGCGGUGAUCGGCUUGUGCAAGCCAUGGGAAGGCAGCUCCACAGCUUUGCCACGCAACCGCAACCAGCAGCGCCAACUCCCAAGGAUCUCCAACAGCUGCGGCUUGACUUCCUGCUGGUGAUGCUGUUCAGGGGCAACGACUACUUGCCAGCACUUGUGUCAGGUCAUGACCCUGCAGACCUUUGGACUCAGUACCUCCGCUGGCGGCAGAGUGCGAUUGGCGCUGCUGGCAUCGUGCAGAUGGAGAACGUUGGAGAAGAGCAGGGGGGAGUGGUGCUCCCCCCUGGACAACUGUCAGCGUUCCUUCAGGCGCAGGGUUCUGGCUGGUUGCCUGCCCGUCUGAGCGGCGUGGUUCCCAAAGAUGGCGCCACUCGCCUUCAGUCUAGGUAG